CUGUUUUGUGGCAUUGGUUCUUCUUUUGCGCGUCUCGCAGCCGACGAUCGCAGUUCGCAGCGACUCUACUUAACAUAACUAUACGUUUGGAACCGAACAUCUACUCUGAAAACUUCGCCGGAUCACCGCCUUCCGACGGCCACUUCACUCUCGCAGUUCCAUACCACAAUGACGAGAGAGCCCAGUUCUUCAUCGAUCGUCCGUCUCAAUAUCGGAGGGAAGAAAUUUUCCACUACGGUUGAUACUCUGACGAAUCGAGAGCCGCAUUCCAUGCUUGCGGCAAUGUUCAGUGGUCGACAUACUCUUUAUCAGGAUUCUGAUUCUGGACAGGUCUUUGUUGAUAGGGAUGGGAAGCAUUUUAGGCAUGUUCUGAAUUGGAUGAGGGAUGGAGUAGUGCCCACUCUAUCAGAUGCGGAAUAUUUGGAGCUUAUGCGAGAGGCUGAAUACUAUCAGCUACUUGGGCUUGUAGAAGGAAUCAAUUCUGCUCUAAACAAGAGGAAAGAAGCUGAUGAUUUAGAUACUGAAUUGACACGAACAGAUAUCAUCAAGUGUAUACAGUCUGAGAGGGUCCGGUUUAGAGGGGUUAAUCUUUCUGGCCUAGACCUCUCCAAAUUGGAUCUAUCAUUCGUUGACUUCAGCUUUGCUUGUCUCAAGAAUGUCUUCUUCUCACGUGCUAAUCUUCAGUGUGCUAAAUUCAAGGAUGUGGAUGCUGAGGGUUCCAUAUUUCAUAAUGCGACUUUGCGGGAAUGUGAAUUUACUGGUGCCAAUCUACGUGGCGCUGUUUUAGCUGGGGCUAAUCUUCAGAGUGCAAAUCUACAAGAUGCUUGUUUGAUAGAUUGCAGUUUCUGUGGGGCAGAUCUACGCACAGCUCACUUACAGACUGCUGACUUUACCAAUGCCAAUUUGGAGGGAGCAAACCUAGAAGGAGCCAAUCUGAAGGGUGCAAAACUGAUCAACGCUAAUUUAAAGGGAGCAAACCUACAACGUGCUUAUCUGCGUCAAGUGAACUUUCAGAACACUCUUUUGGACGGCGUGAGGCUUGAUGGUGCCAAUUUGCAUGGGGUGAUUCGAUGAUGUUGAAGCUAAAAGAUAAAAUGGAUGGUUGAUGAAGGUCUGGCCAUGUUCGCUUUCCGUUUAUGAAUAACAACUUUGGUGAUGGGGAUGAAUUGGUGAAUUCAAAACACAGUGGCGUUGAAGCUGGGGGGAAUCAUGCUUAUAUGAAUCUACGCUUUUUCAUGUAAGUUAUGAAACUCAUUCAGUAAUGAAUCUCAUAUUUUCUAACUUAGUUUUACUUCCAU